UGUCGAUCCUUGCCGUUCUGCCGCGACCGUCCUUUUCUGGGCCGAUCCAGCGUCUGGCCUUUUCUCUGAACCUUGUCUACGUUACUCCGUUGACGCAAUUCUUACACCCCUCAGAGCCAAUUGACGAUGCCGCCACGAUUACGGCCCCCGCGCCGGCUCUGCUCCGUCCCGCCCCCUCCCGCAGCCGUCCUCCCUCCGGCGUCACGGUCCGGGGCUCCAGUCCGAAACGGGGCACAUCUUCGGGGGAGCUGCGACAACGCCCUCCGAUGGUCCAGCUCAUUCACGCCGCGUCGUGAGCCGCUGCCUCCGCUCACGCUGCUCGCCCACCAGCACCUGACCAGCACUGGCCACGGCGCCUUCGUCCCGUACGAUGUCGCCCAAGCCGCCCAGGAGGACCUCCGGGCUCGCCUCCUCGCCUGGAAGAGCCUCCCCGAUGAUGAUCGCCCUGAACCCCCGCGGCCUCACCUCCUCACCUUUGAAGCCACCCCGACCAUAACCCUCGGCCGUCGCCAGUCCGCCCUCACACCCGUUCAGGCCUCCCGACUCCAGGCGCCACUGCGCGUUGCCCUCCCCUACCGAUCUACCCCCGUCCCAGAAGCAUCUUUUACCCCAGAUGUACGUCAGACGGCCCGCGGGGGUUUAACGACAUACCAUGGGCCUGGACAGCUUGUCUUCUGGCCAGUCCUCGACAUGCACUCGCCGCUAUACGCCCGCUAUUCCGUGCUCUCCUACGCAGCUCAUCUCGAAGCCACCACCCGCCGCCUGCUCGCUGGCCUUUUCGGUCUGGAGUCGUACACCACCCGUGACGAGCCGGGCGUCUGGGUGCCCACGUCCGCGGGCCAGCCGGAGCGUAAAAUCGCCGCCUUGGGCGUGCAUCACCGGCGGCACGUCACCUCACUAGGCAUCGCCCUGAAUAUCGACAUCCCCAUAGCGGGGCCUGAAGAUGUGAACCCUUGGGCGCGCUUCGUACCCUGCGGGCUCGAUGGCAAACUCGUAACGUCUGUAGCGGCGGAGCUGCGGGGGCGGGAUGAUGGGGAGCAUAGCGUCGGCGAGCUUGUGGGAUGGGAUAUGGCUAGUUUGGCGGCGCAGUGGGCGAGAUUGUUUGAGGAGGGGUUGAGAGAUGAAACAAAGAGGGUGGUAGAUGGCGAGGCGAUGCGAGCUUUCGCUAAGUGAAAGAGCAUGUUGUCCAAUGAUGAAGCUCAUGGCCGAUCUGCAACCCUAUACCUUCAACCUCUGUUGUUUUAGAUACCCCGUCUCUUCAAUUACUCUAGACAUUGAGUAGAUAGUUUCCUGAGAUGAUAACUCGUGUAAUUCUCCCUCCAUUCCCUCUUAAGGAAUCAUGCCAGGGCUGUACUUGGUCAGCUAAGGACACUACUCCUAACAUUCAUGUG